AUGGCGCUGUGUUCUGAGACGCGGCGAGGGCGGAGGUUGUUGGAUGAGUCCUUAACGUCACCGCGCGCAAAUCCCUCGCGAAGCAGCUCUCGCAGGGGUCUGGAUGCUGCUACAUUUCCUCUCAGCGAUCGUUCAACUCACACUCUGGCCCGCGAUGUCAAAGCGGUUUCGGAUGCGCAGGGCCGUCUUGUGCGAGUCAUUGAAGAUGUGUCCCAAGAGUUGUCGCAGCACUUGGCAGAGCACGAUAAGCAGCUGGCCGAACAUUCGCUGAACCACAGCUCUCUGCGCGACGCUCUUCACAAGGUGCAGCUGGAAGAAAAUGCUCAUCAUGACUCCCUGGCCGCAGAAUACCUGCGACUCCGGAGUAGUGAUGGGGAUACUUCUGCCAGGCUUACAUUUUUGGAGUCGAAGGUGGUUGGUGUUGAAAAGGCGCACGGCAGUCUAAACAACAGGUUCGCUGAAUUGGAGCAUUCCGUGCAAAGGCACUUGCCGGCACGAAUUCAUGAUAUGCAAGUCACGCAUCAAAAGCAUUUGCAAGAUCUGCACCAGAAAGUCCUGCAUCACGUGGAAGAACAAAGGACGGAAUUCUUCCAAUUGCAGGGACAGACGUCUGCAAGAGCUAACUCUGAUGCUCUUCUUAGCUUGCAGAGGCAGCUCGAACAGCAAAGGAAGGAUCUGGAGUCGAGGCUUCAGGCAGCUCAUCGAAAAGAGCUCGCCAGCCAGCUCAAGCAGCGUUUGCAGGAACAAGACAGCAACAUUGGCAAGGGCCAGGAGGCCCUGCGCCAAGAGGCCGCCAAGCGAGAGCAGCAUUUAGCUGAUUUACAGGAUGCAGCGCAGCGCCUAGCACAAACAGCCAUGCAGCGUGCACAGGCUUCUACAGAGGCGCAUGCCCAUGUGUUCUCCGCGUCUUCUACAUUGGCAAAUCGUCUCAGCGUGGUGGAGGGUGAGCUACAGAGCGCCCAGCGUCAGGAGAAAGAACGCCAACAGAAGAGGAUCGCUCGGUUGGAAGAGGAUCUGGCUAAGUCACCGCGGGUGUCACGAGAUGGAGCUGGCUCAGGGGUGCCUUGGCUUUUGCUGUAG